AUGAGAAAAGUAUUUUCAAAAACUUUCUUUCUGAAUUGCGUUAAAAUUUCUUUGAAUCAAUUAGCAGCAGGCGAUGUUGUCAAUGACGUCAAUUUAGAUCAGCUAACUGGUGAACUUGUGGGUAAUUUGUUUAACGGAGAAAUGGCAGGACAGUACCUGAAAACCAAUUCUAUAGAUUCGUCAGAAUACUUGAAAACGCUGUCUUCUAUUACUGCAUUCAAUUGCAACAAUACGUUCCAUUCUGAUUACUUUCCGGAAAUUGUAGUUCAAGCGUCCAAAAAAGUUGCUUUUAAUGAUAGUAAAUUGACUGGGAGCGUGUUGGGCAUUGACGAUCGCUACAUUGAUAAUUACUUUCGUGUUUCAUUCAAAAAUUGUGUCGUCAAAGCCAAUAAUUUCGUUUUAAUUGAAUUGAAAAAUGGACGUAAUUAUCCUGAAGAUUUCAAGCGCUGGAUUGAACGAACGAGACUUUCUGGAGCUUGGAGGAUGAAUGAAACGUCUUAUGUCUCGUCAAUUUUGACAGGCGAUUGUGUAUACCAGAUUUUGGUCUAUCAAAAUCCCGAGUCAUCAACUAAAGUUUUUGAUCGCUCCAAAGAAACUCUUGUUCAUAAAGGUCGGAUAUCUUCAGCAAGUCACAACGCAACCCUUGAAAACUGGACUAAUGAUUUGCUAAACAGAACUGGUCAAACAUUGGACAAUAUUACACUUGAUGACAAAGAUCAAAUAUUUAAUCAAUUCAACAAUGCAGCUAUCAUUAAGCUAGAAAUAAAAUUGUUUCCAGCAAUUAAUUCUCAAAACUAA